CUUUUAAUAACACCAACAACAAUUUACUUUUACUGAGUUUGUAAACUUUUUUUCUUUUGAAAUAUUUAUGUAUAUAUAUUUUGACAUAAAUUUGCCCCAUUGCAAAUUUAUAGACAAGUUGUACACGUUAUAGGAAAUUAUUACGUUUUGAAAAUACAUAGUUGUGUGUAUAAAAGGAAUUAUUACAUGUAUUAGAGGCAGUGUUAACACGGCUGUCACCAGGCAGCUCCUGCCUCUAUACUCAACUUUUAACUGAUAAAAUGAAUAGAAAAACCCGCCACAACUCGUGUAGUCAUCAGGAGGAGCUAACAUCUAGACAGACUGCACUUAUCCUGAAGAAGAAGGAUAGGAAGACAACUUCCUCCUGACUGGCUGCACAUGUUCUUCACUUCGUUGGUCAAGUGUGUUGAAUUGUGGCAGCCAUCGUGAUAUUAACCUCGCCAUACUCACUCCUCUCUCAUGUAUAAUACUGGCAAACAGUUUGCCCGGGCACAGCUUGAGAAAUAUGGCUGGAAGGAAGGUAAAGGCCUGGGACGAGAAGAGGGAGGAAUAACAUCAGCCUUGAAGCCAAAGUUAAAGUUUGACACGGCUGGUUUUGGUCAUGGUAUUUCCAAGGAUUACCAGUUCCACUGGUGGGAUCAUGUUUUUAACAAGACUGCAAAGAGCAUUUCAGUUAAUAAGAACCAAGAUGGGUCAGUACAACUUACAAAGAAGAAAAAAAUACAAAUUAGCAAGCCAAAACCCUCAAGGUUGGAUCACAAAACCAAAUUAUAUGGCAUCUUUCUCAAGGGCAGCACACUAGUUGGAGCACAGGAAGUGAAAGAAAGUUCGGACAGUGAAGAGCCUGAAGACGAGGAAGACUUGUCACUCAAACUGACAGAUGAGGAGCUAUUCAAGAUAUGUGGUGGACGAACAGCUCAUAAGGGAGCUAGACACGGACUGACGAUGUCAGGUAAGCUUGCAAGAAUAGAGGAACAAGAACGUUUAUUGAUGCAGAAAUGUAGUAUGUCAGCUGAGCAGUCACACGAGGAACCAUGUAAAGCAGAAGCAGUAGGAAAAAAGAAAAUGAAGAAAUUAAGACAAAAUUCAAUUGAGGAUAUCUCUGAGAUAGGCAAGAAAACAUUAGAUGUUAUUAACGAACCAAUAAAUAAAAGAAAUAAAGUAUCAGAAAAUGAAGUGCCGUAUUUAUCUACUGAAGAUUUAAAAAAGGACAAAAUCAGUAAGAAAAGAAAAGCAAUUAAAAGAAAAUGAUACUGUGGAUUCUCCAUUAGAAAGUGUAAAAAAUAAAAUUACCUUGUUUCUCAACAAUUUUCUGAAGAUUUUAAAGAUAAUGAAAGUACCAAGAAGAGAAAGAAAAUGGUUACACUGAAGUAAAAGUGGCGGAAAAGAAUGUUAAAAAGAAGAAAAAGAAAUGUAGGUGUGUAGUUGAAAGUGAGACAUGGAGAGAUUGUGAUGUUGCAGAAGUGUGUUAAAAAGAAGAAAAGAAAGAAAGAUUAUAAAAAAAAAAAUUGGGCCGUAUGAAACCAGAGUAUAAUACUUCCGAACUGUUUUAAAAUAUUUUAUAUUAAAAUUAUCCUGAUUUCCCA